AUGUCCUCUCCCUUCCGCAUCGUCGAACAUGUCGUACCAAGCCAGCACAUCAGGGAAUACCCUGGCGCCACAGCCAACGAACAGGAAGAGCCCCUGCAACUAGCCGUGAAACAAUACAUCCCUCUCGACAACCCCAAACCGCAACCAGGCGACGUGACUAUCCUCGCUGCACACGCCAAUGGCUUCCCCAAGGAGCUGUAUGAGCCACUCUGGGAGGAAAUCUACGCGCGAUCUAAGCAGAAUGGUUUCCGCAUUCGCAGUAUCUGGAUGGCUGAUGUCGCGCAAGAAGGCCAGAGCAGUGUGAUCAAUGAAGACUCGCUGGGAAAUGAUCCUAGCUGGUUCGAUCACCCGCGCGAUCUCCUCCACCUGGUCAAUGUCAAGCGGGCAGAGAUGCCCCGGCCCAUCGUCGGCAUCGGACACAGCAUGGGCGGCGCCCAUCUCACCCAACUAUGCCUCAUGCACCCCCGUCUCAUCCACACCCUAGUCCUCCUAGAUCCAGUGAUCCAACGCCAAACAACCCAACUAGACGGCCUAAGCCUCCUAAAGAACAAGCGCGAAAUCGCCAAAACAACCCAACUAUCGACACACCGGCGCGACAUCUGGCCCUCGCGCCAAGCAGCACUUGAAAGCUUCCAACGAAGCCCCUUCUACAAAACCUGGAACCCACGCGUGCUCUCGCGCUGGGUCGAACACGGCCUCCGCGACCUCCCAACAGCUAUCCACCCGCUCCCACCAACAGCAGACAAAGCCAAUCCCCCAGUAACCCUCCGCACAACCCUGCAUCAAGAAGUCUUCACCUUCUCCCGUCCAAACUAUACCCACAUCCCCGGCAGUCCCGACCCCGUCAACCGCGUCACACACCCAGACCUAGACGCCGACCAUCCAGACACAUACCCAUUCUACAGACCGGAGCCAGCGCGUAUAUUCGCGCAGCUCCCACAUUUGCGUCCGAGUGUGCUUUACAUCUUUGCUGGGAAGUCAGAUAUGUGUCUGCCGUCUAUGCGCGCGGAUAAGCUUGCGAACACGGGAACUGGGCUGGGAGGGAGUGGGGGUGUUGCGGCGGGACGGGUGAGGGAUGUUUUCCUCGAGGAAUUCGGGCAUUUGCUUGCUCAGGAGGCUGUGGAUGAGUGUGCUGAUGCCGCUGUUGCUUGGCUGGCGCCUGAGUUGGGACGGUGGAGGGAUGAGGAGGAGGGGUUCCGGGCUGUUUGGGGGAAGAAGUCUAGGCUGGAGAAGGUUACUGUUGAUAAGGAGUGGCUGGAUAGGGUUCCUCCUCCAGUGAGGACGGCUAGGAAGGUUGAGUCGAAGCUUUGA